AACAGCCACCCAUUGUCAUGGAAAACAGGUGGCCGUCUUAGACAGGUCUGAUCAAAAUGAAGAAAGUAAGUCAUUCUCUUCUGAGGUCCAAAUCGGGGCUUCUGAAGACUUUACACAGCCGUAGUAAGCUUUGAUCCUGUAGGACUGACAGAUCUCCCCCAUUCUCCGCAGUCUUGGCUACUGUGGUAAUAUCUCAGUAUGAACGAGGGGGCAGAAGACUUCCCUGACUCUCGGGGCAAAGAAUCUGUUUUAGUGAACAGAAAAGUAAAAAAUCUACCCGUGACCUCCUUCAUGAUCCUCAACAAUACAUUGAAAAAUAGAAAGAUCGUGAGAGACCAGGACGUGGCGGUACCACAGCAGUGGAGGUGGAAAUGGCUUCACGAGAGAGUCUCUCUCGAAGGGACUCCUCACCUCUACGGGGAUGCUUUUGUUAAGGUGGAUCAGCCAGGCUUUGUUUUGUGCCGAUGGUGUGUGGCUGGCAUCAACUACAGUCACCGUGGGAGGACGGCACUGGCCGAUCACGUCAAGAGUAACAAACACAUGGAAGAGCUGGCAGUGAGGACUGACAUAACAGGACGAGUCAAAAGUGAACGAGAUCUACCUGAUUUGGAGGACAGGGUUGUGGAAAUGGAAGCAAUGAUCCGCUCCGUGAUUGCGGAACACAACCUUCCUUCCUCCGUGGGCCCGCUGUUUGUGGACCUGGCCCGUCAGUGUUGCCGAGAUCCGGAGGCACUUGCCAAAGUGGACUUGGGACAUGCUCAUCAUUGCUACAAGGUUGUUGUAGACGUGGAGGGAAAGAUUUCCCCUCAGACUCUGCUGUCACUCCAUUCGAAAACACUGUCCAUAAAUAUCACAGAGUUAAGUGACUUGAAGAUAACUGUGUGUUUGGACAAUGAUUUCUCUAAUGAUGUUCAGGGUAAUGCGGCAAAAAGUAUAAUUAACGACGGUUCGUCAACAGUGAAAGAUAAGACUCAUGGUAGUAACCAAGAUUCAUCCAGAGAGAAAAAUAAUGGUGAUAAAAGCAGUGUUAAAAAUGCUGAUGAAGAAGAUUGGUGUUUUGCUGUGAUAGUGAACAGUGUAUCGGGGAAUGACGCCAAAACUUUGGAUAUUUUUCACUUGGCAGACAUUCAGGCCAGAAGCAUUGACUCCAAGAUGAUGUUUGAGGCGCUGUGUGAAGUCUACUCGCACUAUGAAAUGUCCUGGGCCAAUGUUUUGUCUGUCAUGUGGGAGUCAGCAGCCGUUGAAGACUCUCAGCGGGUAGACCUUCUGAAAAUGAUUCGGGAAAACAAAUGUCCUCAUGUGAAGGAUGGGGCAUAUGCGAAAAAUACUAUGGCGCUAAAUUUAGAAAAGCAGAAGCUCGCGGAAAAUCGACACAGCGCCAAGUCUAUAUGGAAUGGAGAAGUCGUGCAGUGGUCAUCCCCUGUAUCUGUUCCCAAUCAGCAGAGGGCAGUGCACAAUGCUGCACUGCCUGGCAUGACUUCUGCGUCUCUGAACGGAUGUCAAUCUCUGGCCCAAAAGUCUUUACAACUUCUCGACUCCCAAGGUGCUGUUGCUACAAACAGCUCUCGGCCCCCGUCAGAUGUGCCUAAGCUUGUAAUAGACUUUCAGGGUGCACAAUUCCAGCGAAAUCUGUCGCAGCAACAACAUCAUGUCUCUCAACAAGCAAUACUUCAGAACUACCCGUGUAGCGGACCGAUGGUGGUGCACAUAAGCAGCACUUCUUCCAGUGCCCUCAAUGAUGGUGGAAUGUCGUGCCAGGCCUCUGCUCAAGGCAUUCAGGCAGGCACUGCUGGAAAUCUAACAACAUUUUCUGGAAAUUACACUCAGCAGCAGUCAACGCAGAUGAACAUGGUGGCUUCAAGCACUUGCCCGACAUCUCACUCUCAACACUACUCCAUUCUAGGCCAAGACCCACUGGAAGAUUUGGCGUCUGUUGCACAAGAACAUGACUGUACAUCACUAGGUAUUCAGACAGCUGCUCAAGGACUCCAGGCCCUGUCUCAAGGUUUUCAUGGUGUAGGCAGCAGCAGCUAUGCCAUACGGGGAUACCAGCAACAACAACAGCCUCUGUCCCACGACCCACAAGGGCCUCCAUAUCAACAGAUGCCUCACUCACAAUAAUAUGUUGAUGAAGUUACGGUCUGACCAUGUAACUGGUUUCUUAAAAAGUUUUCAGCAGGCUACAUUAAAAGGUUUUGAUUUUUAACCCUAUCCGUAUGCCCUGGGGUCAUUUUGUACCCCCCAGGGUUGUAUUCUUCACAUUUUCAAAUACU